UCCAGUAUCAGAUCCAAGCAAGAGGAACAACAGUUGAAUAUUAGACUGCAUAAUUGGACCUUUUGUAUAACUGGACGGAGUCAAUAAUCAUAAUCACCGAUAUACACAUCCAUUCAUUAUUCAUUUCAUUGUAUCAUAAUUAAAUCAAUAAGCGAAUCUAGCUUAUUCUAUAGUCAUAAAGUUUUCAUUUCAUCUUUUCAUUGCAUUUCAUUCGAUUUAUAGUUCUUCAUUAUGCUUUCAAAAUCAUUAAGAGUAGUUAAACCAAAUCAAAUAACACCAUCCAUAAGAAGGUUGACUUCAACUGCCAUCCGUUCCAUUGAUAAUGGUCAUAGUUCAGAAUUACCAAACUUGAAUGAAUUACCUAGAAAGAAGCCAGAAAUUCCAUACGUACCAUUAAUUAAUCCAGCAGAAAAAUAUAAAGUUCAAAUUGAAGAAUUACAUAAAUUUGGUACUUAUAUAAUGGCAUGUUUACCUAAAUAUAUUCAACAAUUCUCAGUCUGGAAGGAUGAAUUAACCAUUUAUGUUGCUCCAUCUGCUUUAAGACCAACUAUGGUUUUCUUAAAGAAUCACACUUCUUCUCAAUUCAAAUCUUGUAUGGAUGUUACUGCUGCCGAUUAUCCUUCUAGAACUAAUAGAUUUGAUGUUGUCUAUAAUUUGUUAAGUGUUAGACAUAACUCAAGAAUUAGAGUAAAAACUUAUGCAUCUGAAACAUCUGCUGUUCCAUCAAUUGUCCCAAUUUUCCAAGGAGCCAAUUGGUUUGAAAGAGAAACCUACGAUUUAUUUGGUGUUUUCUUUGAAGGCCACCCAGAUUUAAGAAGAAUUAUGACCGAUUACGGAUUCGAAGGACAUCCAUUAAGAAAAGAUUUCCCAACCACAGGUUAUACCGAAGUCAGAUAUGAUGAAGAAAAAAAGAGAGUCGUUUAUGAACCUUUAGAAUUAACCCAAGCUUGGAGAAAUUUCACUGUUGGUUCUUCUGUUUGGGAACAAGUCGGUGAAGGUAAAGAUUUUACCCCUGAAAACUUCAAAUUGCCUACUCCUGAACCAGAACCUCCAAAGGAAGAUGCUGAAAAGAAAUAAUUAUAGAUUGGCAACCAUAUUCACCACUCUUUGUUAAGCGACAUAAUAGUAAAAAAUAAAAAAAAAACUACAUUAAUAUUUAUAUCAGUUAUAAUCUACAUUAUACUUUUAUAUAUCAUACAAUUAUAUAUUUAUAUAAUAAUUUCAUUUUAAC